AAAAUUUUAAUAUCACAUUGUGUGGGUAGUGUGCGGUGGACGGACCUCACAAAUGACACAAUUUCAUGCAAAAUGAACAUAAGACACCUCAUCUUCUUGUCACUGUUUCUGGAAGUUCAGUCAUCCUUCGCAGACAUUUUGCAGCGACAAAAGAGAAACUGGAUCAUAGACACUUUCACUAUUGAUGAGGCUUACACUGGUCCUUUCCCAUACAAUGUCGGCCAAAUUAAAGUAGAAAACAACUACACCAACUUUGAAAUUCAUGGUCAAGGAGUUGAGUUGGAACCUUAUGGAUUGCUAAGUAUCAACUCAUAUUCUGGAAUUCUUACUGUUCAGGAAGCUGUGGACUGCGAGAAAUUUGAUUUUUUAAAGGUGAAAUUUAAGGCUCAAAAUAGAGAAAACAAAGAAGUUGUACAGUUGGGUGUUCUGAUUACCGUCAUCGAUUCAAAUGAUAACCCCCCAAGAUUUUCCCAAGAUUCAUAUGAGAUCACUGUCAAAGAAUCAACACUACAAGGCUUUGAUUUAAUUAGUCUGCAAGCCACAGAUGUGGACAGAAGUGAGGAUAACAACAACUUUACUCUUCAAAUAGUCUCGGUUGAUCCCAAACCUCAAGACUUGGAGUUCUACUUAAAACAAAUGGCUGAUGUUGGGACCAUUUGGUUUAAAGGAUGCUUGGACUAUGAGAAAGCAAAGAAAUACACCAUUAUAGUGGAAGCCAAAGAUAGUGGAAAUCCAAAGCCUUUAUCCAGCACCUGCAAGGUCAUAAUCAACAUUGAAGAUGGAAACAACCACCUCCCUGUGAUUACAAAACAAACAGACUCCAGGAAAGUUAAGGAAGGCGAGCAAAAUGUCCUUGUUUCACGUCUAGAAGUUAAAGAUGACGAUGCCAAAGGUUCCAAAGCCUGGAAGGCAGAAUACAGCAUCCAUGGAGACACAAAUAACAACUUCAGAAUCACCACUGACCCUGAUACAAACGAGGGACUGCUGUAUGUGCAAAAGCCUUUGGACUAUGAAGAGGAGCCAAUGAAGAACUUAACCAUCACUGUAGAAAAUGAGAUCCCUUAUUUCUCAUGCAGAGUGGUGGCUAAAUCAAAUGAUAGUCUUUGGAAAACAGAUGUUAUCACUGAUGUCUUCUACACUGGGGCUGUCGAUAAAAGUAGCACAAACAAACUACCACAUUCACUCAGCUUUAGAGUAACAGUGGAAGUGGAGGACGUAAACGAACCCCCAGUCUUUGAGAAACCUGAGAAAAACAUUUCUUUGAGUGAGAAUGUUCAAGUUGGGAAGUAUCUGGAGACCUUUACGGCUAUAAAUCAUGAUAUCACAAAGUCAAAGGCAAUUAGAUACCUUAAAGGGGAGGAUCCAGCUAACUGGGUUACAGUGGACACCAUCAGUGGAACCAUUAAAACAUUAAAAAACUUAGACCGGGAAUCCCCUUUGGUUAAAAAUGGUGUCUAUGUAGUCACAAUAUGUGCAGUUGAUGAUGAUGAACCCCCACAGACGAGCACUGCAACGCUCAGCAUCUACAUAGCAGAUGAGAACGACAAUCUUCCAUACCUGGUUGUAAACCAAAUGGACAUGUGCCUUUCUGAUAAUCCCUCAUUCAGCAACAUCACAGCCUUAGACUUGGAUGGGGAUCCCUACAGUGGGCCUUUCAGGUUCAGUCUACUUGGGGAUGUAAAGGACAAGUGGAGAGUUGAACCUGAGAUAGGAUAUUCUAUAAAUCUAGUGAAUGAAGGCAAAGUUCAUUCUGGAUACUAUGAGUUGCUGCUGGAAGUGUCUGAUCUUCAAGGAAAGGCGGCUGUCAACAAUCUGACAGUAACUGUGUGCGACUGUUUAGACCCCAGAAGGCCAAACUGUCUGACACGAAAAGCUACUAGACUCACAAUAAGGGGAGGUCUCCUUGCAAUCGUUUUUUUCUCCAUGGUGCUAGUUGCAGGCAUUCUUCUUUUUUCUCUCGUCUUUUCAUGUAAGACAGAGAAGGUGUUACUUCCAUUAGAGUUUUCUGAACAACGAUUGAUGCCCAGUAACAUAGAGGAACCUGGAACUGACUGCAGGGUGAUGCCUCCACCAGUGCUGAAAUGUGGGAAAAGAGAACAAACUGCAGUGAAGUCUCAAGAUCAAACCGUGUUGAUGAAACAAGUAAGUGUGAUGAGCAACAACAACAAUGCCAUGACAACAACUGCAGUCAGUCCUGGAAGCUCUGAGAAGGGUUCAGAGUCCCAAAGUCAGAUGUCUUGUCGCCGAUCAAAUCAAGCAAUCAAUCUCAAAUUUGAAAGAGCUGCAUCAAACCUUGGGUUAUCACAUCAGCAGCGGAAAGCAUCCAUUGAUGGGUCUAAACAUCUGCAGAGAAUGAAUUCCAACUGUGGAGAUUUUACAGGAUGUCACCAAAAGCAGGAAAUUCUGUUGAAAAGGGCACUAAUGACAAUGAUGGCUAAUCAAAAGGCACCGAGCACGGAACUCUGUGAUUAUGAACCCCAUGUGUUCUCUGAGGAGGGAGACUCAGAGCACAACUACGACCUUGAUGAUAUCUCCAUCCCUGAAGACUCCUCUGACACCGACUGGGACCUGGAUAACCGGUUCAGUACUCUGGCAUCCAUAAGUAUGCCCAGCAACAUCACCAUUCAACGCUGAUCACUAAAUGGCAGUAAUGCAUUUCACCCAUCGGGUUGUUGGAACUCACAGAGCUGGCCACAACAGACGACGGGACAGCCUUUUUUUAAUUUUUUUUUAUUUACAUUGUGAAGAUGCUGUCCCUUCACCCUCACUGGAUUCUAAUGUAUUCAGCAUGAACAUUUGCUGUUUCUGCUUUCUGCUAAGUCUUUGGUUUGCCAGCUGCUCUUUUUGUCCAAGGCUGACCUCUACAGGAUGUCCACUGGGUGCACACAGAAGAGGAUCAGCUGGGGGGUUUUACC